AUGGGUAAUACAGAAAGCAUCUUAUCUGAGUAUUAUUCAUCGAUUCGAACAUCUUUGAAUUCCAUAACUCCUUUAUAUGAAGCAUGUCGUGAUGGUGAUGAUGAAAAAGUUCAAAAUCUUUUAACAAAAUACUCUCAUCUCGAUAUAAAUCGACAAGAAUUUCAUUAUGGUGGAAACACAUGUUUACAUAUUGCUGCUGCACAAGGUCACGAUAACAUUGUUAAACUUUUACUUAAGCAUGGUUGUUAUCGAUCAUCUCUUCUUAAUUCACAAAAUCAAAGUGCUUAUGACAUGGCUGCAUUACAUAAAGAAUCUACACGUUUAUUAUUUCUUCGCCAAGAUACACUUGAUUUAUCAUCAAAAUAUUCUUCGUGA